CCGCGCACGCGCCCUGCGCCUCACAGUCCCUGGCGCAUGCGCGCCGCUCUCCCCGGCCUGCGGCCGCGUGUUCUGCCGUGCCCCGGAUGUGGCCCCUGCCCGGGAAAAUGGCGGCGCCGGGGUGGGCGGAGGGAGCGUUGUAGCGCCCGGUGCCGUCCCCGCCAUGGCGGACCUGGGCCGGCAGCUGCACGAGUACCUCGCGCAGUCCAAGGCCUCUGCUGCCGCCACCGGCCCCAGCGCGGUCCCCGCAGCGCCGGCGGCCGGCGGCUCGCAGGAGGAGGCGGGGGACGGCGGCGGGCUGCGGGCCUGGCUGGGGGCGCUGAACCCGUUCCCGCCGGGCAGUGCCCCGGGCGCCACGGUGUGGCCUUGGACGGGAGAGGAGGACCCGUGGCUGCCGGGGCUGUCGCGCUGGCAGCGGCUGGCGGGCAGCGGGCUGUGCGUGCUUCUGGCCGCGCUGUGCUUCGGGCUGGCCGGGCUGUGCGUGCCGCUGCUGCUGCUGCGCGCCCGCAAGUUCGCGCUGCUCUGGUCGCUGGGCUCGCUGUGCGCGCUGGGCGCCGCCGCGCUGCUGCGCGGGCCCACCCGGCUGCUGCGGGAGCCCGGCCGCGGGGCGCUGCUCUACCUCGGCGCGCUCUUCGGGACGCUGUACGCCGCGCUGGCGCUGCGCAGCACCGCGCUCACCGCGCUGGGCGCCGCCGCGCAGCUCGGCAUCGCCGCCACGGCGCUCCUGGCCGCGCUGCCCGGCGGUGCCGCCGGCCUGCGCCGCCUGGCCGCGCUGCUCCGCGCCGCUGUGUGCGGCCGAGGCAAGGCGGCGCUGCCGCUGUGAGCCCGGCGCGCCGGGGAGGAGCGGCCGCGGCCCCGCGGGAGUCACACACGGACCCGGAUCGCCAGCCGACUCCCAGACCGGGGACGCCGCUUCUCUUCGCCUCCUCCGCGUCCCGGCACGUUUUCCUCGCCAGCACUCGAGGAGCAGCAGCAGCGGGGCCGGCAGCCCGGAGCGGCCCCGGUGACUCGGAGCUGCAGUGUGCGGUGUCAGCCUGCCGAGCCGCCCCCGGGCUCGGUGUCUGCCUUACCGCGCUGCCAGCUCCAUAGGCACGGCUUGGCAUCGCUGCCAGCUCCAUAGGCACGGCCUGGCACCGCUCCACCUCUGGGUGGGGAGCUGGCAGCGUCCCGCUCGUUCCCCAGCCCAGGACGACCGUGUGGCGGCUGCGGAGCGCGGUCGGAGCCCAUGCGGCGGCAUUGAGGACUGGGCAGCGGCUGAGGUGCGCAAGGCUGACGGAUGCUGAAACACGAAGAUGAUUUAGCAAAAUGCGAUUGAGGCUAGGGGAGAACAUUGAAAAAUUAACUGGUUUUACCUCAUUUUGUGCUGACCCCUACACUAUGAACACAUACUGGUUUUGCUGUCACCUCAGACCAGUGGUGAAUACGAAGACUGUGGCCACUGCACUGCAUUUCUCUCUAUAAAGCAGCUUUAAAAUAACCAUCCAGAUGGCAGACUAGCAAGCAGUGGUGAUUGCCUGCAGUUUGGAAUUUUGACCUCAGCACCAUUGCAGACAGCUGUGGCUAAAGGUGAAAAUGAAACUUCUCUGUACAUGAUAAACCAAAGCCCUAGGAAUCAUCUCUCAGUAUUUUAACUGGCUGAGAUUUCAGGAGGUAGUGCUGUUGCUCCAUCUGAAACACAAGUUUGCCUAAAUACAACCCUCUGUAGUAAUAGGGUAAUAAAGAAGAGGAUUCUGCAGUGCUGGAGACAAGAUUUGGAUUUGAUGUUUGAAAAUCCCUCUGUUCUUAUGUUCCUGUAAGCCUGGUCUGUAACUUCCCAGCUGGUAACAUCAGAUAUUUACCAGCUCAGCUUUAUCCCCUCUGAACAGAGAAGUUCUGGAUACACUUAAUACUGAAAAUACAUUCCAGUGUUACAUAAGGGUUCCAAUCAAAGGGGCUUUUUACCUUUGCCCCUGUCCUCUGGAGGGCCACCUGGAGCAUCCAUGUCCCUGUGGUCAGAGGUUCCUGGUCCAUCGUGCCAGGGCCGUUUCCGUGGUGGCAGUGAGGCCAUGUCCAUGCCCUGGAGGGAGGAGGAACGUUCUCUGCUGGCUGGAGAGUGCCCAUCAUGAGGAGGGUGAUCUGGACGAGGACCUGUGCAUGAAAACACAAGAUAAGUAAUGUUUAUUGCAUCAUUGUUCUUUAUUUUUGAAAGCAGUCACAUAAAUUUACAAACUGCCCACACUGUUUGCAACACAGUUAAAAUUAUGUAAAGCUUCUCCUCUGUCCCAUUUUUUUGUAAAAAAGCUAAAGGUAAAACAGAUUUUUAAGAUGAUGGGAAAGAAAAGUGUGGCAGAUGUACAGUGUUUAUUCCAGUAUAAAAUACUUCCAUAUAUUUUAGAGACAAUCACAUCUUCAUUUAUUCAUGUGCCAUUUGUAAUUUGUUUUCCAUGACAUUCUGCAGCUCUGUCUUGCCCCAUAUGGGGCUGCCUUUAGUAACACAACUGCAAAUAUAAGCUGUCAGACAUUGCAGCUGAAAAGAUACCAACAUAGGGAAAGAUUACUGUUGGCAUUAAUAAAGAUAUUUUUAAAAACCCAUGACAUGAUUCAGUCAUCCAGAGGUGACAGUUGCCUGGGCAGUUCUGGACUGCACAAGAACACAACUGAAAAUCAAGGCUUUGAGGGCACAAUCACUUUUAUUCAAUAAGACAGCUGUAUUUAAAGACAGUUAAAUUCUGUGUCAUUCUUUUUUCCUAAAUUGAAAAGACCAAAGAACUGCAUUUGCCUUUUUUCAUGGUAAAAUACUGGUAACAAAUGUGAGGUACAGGAAAAACACAUGAUUUUUAAAAUAUUUUUUUAAAGUUAUUAUAUUGUAGAAGUCUACAAACCUCACCAAAUUUUUUACCUGGUUCUCUGUUUCCAUCCCAGGAGUCUGGUUUCCUCCCUCCUUCAAAACGUGGGAAUUCAUCUGGAGUAGGAAGCAAACCCUUCCGAGCUCCUGAGCAGUAAGAGAGGCAGGGGACAGGAGUGAGAAGAGACAUUGUAUUGAUGAAAAUAACGUCAGGUGCCCAAGAAGUGCCUUUCCUUCCUCACCCUCGUGUUUCUGUGUGCAAGAACAUGGCCCUUACCUCUCGGAGCACCUCGCCCUCGGCCCCGAGCACCAUGGUCCCUUCCUCUGGAGUUUUCAUCUGGAGAGUCAAAAGCAUCAUCUGGCCCAAAAUCUUCAGGGCCAGGGAAGCCAUCUCUGCCCCUGGGCCCCCGGCCCUCGUGCCUCGAGGGUCCUCCUCUUCGGAAGCUACAACAAAGAACAGGAUACAAACGUGGCUUUUAGGCAUAAUUGAGGCAGUUUCAUUAUCAACUCAUUUCUAAACUGUGUCACUUCAUGCUACAGCACAUACAGUUACUAGAACAGGAUUUGUAGGUGAAAGUGCCCAUUUCUGCCUUUGAGCACUUUGAUAGUAAGCUUUGUAAUCUUCCUCUUAUAUUUUCUUCCACUGGUUAUGUUGGUUUUUCAUACAAGAAAAAUAUUAUUAAACACAGUGCAUUCAUUUAAUGAAAAGGUGGGAAAAACAAUGAGUGAUGAUAGAUACAAGGUGAGGUAAGGCAAGGCAAAGUGUGAGUUCCCCUUAACUCUGAUGCUCUUACAUUCCCCUUCCCUUUUUUCCUUUCCAUUUCCAUCAUAAACUGAAAACAUAGAAGCAAUGAGAGUUGUGGCUGUAACAAAACAUUACAGGAUCUCAUUCCUAUUCUAUGAUUCUUUUGCCAGACAAUUCUCCUUUUCAUUCCAUUCUUCCAAGUUUACAAUUCUAGCAAAUGCAUCUAGACUGCCCUUGGAUGUGCAGGCACAGUGAUGGCUGAACAGUGCACAGUGGCAUUCUGCAACCUGAAGAGCAGUUUAUCCAACUGCACUAACGAAUUUUGUGUUGCAAAAUGUAAUUAUGGGCCUGAAAUUGAUAACUGCUGUCUAGUAAGUACCAAGGGCAUCUUUCAGGAAUUUGAUUGGGUUCUGCACAGCAUCUUAACUGAGUGCAGCUCCUCCAGCACUGCCCUGGGGCCUGGGACAGCUCUUCAGAGAGGAGAAUGGCUCUUGCUGAGCUGUCAGUGCCAUGCCAGGUAAGCCUGCAGUACCUGGCAGUUCUGCUCCUGACACAAGCAGCCCAAACACCCGGAGGGUUUGCACAGCUCAGCCCUGCCCUGUGAGGGUGUCACAGCCCUGUCUGCCACAGCCUGGCUGAGGUGUUCGGUGGUGCAGGCACACUGGUGUCCCCACCGUGCCACCCCACGCUACUCUGCCCCCCUCAGUGACAGCACAUGGUGUGGGGCUCUCCUUGCCCAGUGACAGGUGCCUCCCACCUCCCCAGUGCUCCCAGUUCCACACUGGCUCAACUGGAAGCACACAGCAUUCCCAUGGCGUUGGCUGUGUGCAGCCUCCCCUUCCCCAGCUCAUUAACGACACAGUGCAUCCUAUUACAAGCAAAACUUUAGAUACUUUUAUUUAGAAUUUUAACAACAUUAACCUUUUAAUUACAAAUUUAAAUAUUUUAACAGUAGUCAUAACACAAUACAAUAUUCUUCAACUUUUACAUUGUUUUUAAUAAAAAACAAUAGGUCUGUCUCCACCUCCCAGAAAACAAACACAAUACAGAGAGGAGGCUGCUGUGCCUGUACAGGUACAACAGUGGAUGGAGGAGUGCUUUGUAUGGACCAUGAACCAUUUACAUUAACCUGGAUGGUUUGGGAAAACAAACUCAACAGUUUCAGGUACAAAUGGUUCAAAUAAUCACAGAGCAAUAUUGUUUAGCCUUGAAAGAGCACAGUCCUCUAGAGGUUUCUUAGAGGGCCUCCUGCUAAUUUAAUACUGAUAUGGUGUGAUUCAACUUAGCUUGGAAAUUACCAAGAUUUUCAACACGAGGCCCCAGGGCUGCAGGAACAGGGCCUUUCCUAUUUCAGGCAACUUAGGGACACAGUUGAGUUUUGAAAUCUACGAAACCUAAGCCUGACACAGCCACAGCUCCUAACAUUGUGUUAUGGAUAUCCUUAUUUGCCUUUCCAUAUCAGUCACACACAAAGCCCUGCCUUGCAUCGGGUUCAGUUCCUGUUACACUGCUCUCACAUCUUCUUCCCCGAGGCCUAGGACCUUACUGAACACAACUACACACUGUGCAGAUUAGCAGGCAGGAAGAGGCAGGUCUCUGCAGUAGAAGCAUCAUGUUGAUAAAGAGUAAGAACAGGACAGGGAUGAAAAGGAUGGGAAAUUAGAGAGAAACACACAUACACACAUUUGCCUCUCAUGCUUGAUCAAAGCAGUUACAAUCUCAAUUUCAAACCAAGUCAGCUAAACGAGUGGUUGGGAUUCAGUCCACCACAGCAUCUGCAGUAAAUGGCACCUAGUUCACCUUCAUUCCAAGAAAAUCAUCAAAUUUACAAGCACAGUGAGCCUCUUAGAGCCCUGUGCCAUUUCACUUCAAACUUUCUGGGCAAACACUUGUACUCUGAUAAAUAGAAUACUCUUAGUUCAAAAGUCAGAUUUGCAGGUAACAAGGUUCUUGUUUCCCUUCCUUAAACUUUUUAAAAAUCAGGAUCAUAAUAAAAUAUUUGCCAGUCCCUAAGCAUUUUUAAUAUAAGACCUGAAAAAUCUCUACUGAACUUCUAAAAGUCUUGUCUGCUGUAUCUUUUAGAGUUCUGUGAUGCAGACCAUUGGACCACUGGACCAUCCAACUGGAUUUUCUCUGGCUUUACUUUUUAAAAAUGGCUUUAAUUGUUACCUUCUUUAAGUUACUGUUCAUUUCUUUUCAUACUCUUCACACAAAAGGAAGUUACAUCUUACAGAGCUAGGUAGAAAAUAGCUAAAAGAAGAGCUGUAUAGAUGCAAAGUAAAAGGAAUGUAAGAAAAUGAUUAAAAAGGCAACUAAAACACACAAAAUUCACAUUAUGUGGAGACCACAGCAUAUUUGUAACAAGCACAUGUUCUUAUACAUAGAGAGUUGGUGGUCAGUGAGAGGCUUAGACCUUGGAGGCCAAAUUUCAUUUAAUUAAACUAACAUAAAUCUGGAGCAAUUUUGCUGAUAAUUAAUUUCAGUGACAGCAUUAAUUCCUCCACAUUUACAUUGGUAACUAAAAGCAAAUUUAUCCCUUUGUGAUUUAUUUGGAGAUUGUGAGCAAUGGCCAGGACAUUGCUGUAAAUCAGAUUAUUUUUGAGUUCUUCACCUGGCAUUAAGAAAUAAGUCAGAAAGAAAUAAAAUUUCUACAAGCAAAUGCAUGAAAAAAUAGUCUCAACAGUCCAACAGAUGCUGUAAGUCUGGCCCUUCUAUGUGGCAGUCACAUCACUGCUCCUGCUCCUUACAAGGGCAUUGCAUCUCAUCCUACAGUCUCUACAGUCAUGCUGUAGUUUGUGACUGGAGACAGACUCUCAAAAUCCACUUCUAGUGUUCAAAAGGGUCAUUUUAACCUUUAAGUCUCCUCUCAAUUUUCAUCAAAACCGUCUCAGGUCUUCAUCCUGUGUCACUGGAUCUUCUCUACAAACUUUCCCCCUUCUCUUUACUUACUGUUUAAAGACACGGAAGCUGCUGUGUACAAUGACCAUUUUUCAAGUUUUCUUCUAUUACUGAAUGAUUUUUAUGGACUCUACACUCAGGUAUAUUAGAGUUUUCAUUUCCUUAUUGGUUUCCAGUUUAUAAAUCUGAAACAGAUAGACUCCUUAAUGAAAAGGAAACCAGGAAUAAAAGAGUUCCCUCCAUUUACCCUUUAACCCAAGGAAGAGAAAUGGAUUUACUCUUACCUCUCGUCUCGCCUUCCUCGGAAGCGCGCGUCCUCGGGAUCCCGCGGGUAUCUGUCAUCUGAAGGUCUCCGUCCUUCCCAAGCACCGGGAGGGCCCCGGUUGGAACCUCCUCCUUCAAACUCCCUGUGAUCAGGAGGGAAGGGAGGCCCGGGCCCGCCUCGUCUCCAUUUCUCAUCCUGCAGGGGCGGGCCUCCCCUCCCCUCGAACUCCCGGAGCCGAUGGCCGAAUCUCUUGUCGGGGUGGAAAUCGUCGCGGAAGUCGUCGGGCCGCUCGAAGUCGUCGUGGAAGUCGGGGUGAGGCCCCCGUCGGUCGGGCAUGCCCCUGGCGUCCCUGCCGUCGCCCCAGUCCUGCCCCCCUCGGAACAGGCCCCUCUCGGGGCCGUGCUCGGGGCCGCCGCUGUUCUGCUCGUGCCGCCGCUCCGACAGCGGGCCCAGGUGAUGGUUGGGUGGCCCGCGGGCGUCGCCUUGAGGGACGAGAAAAAUCACAGCAGCUUUCUGUAACCAUUUCGAACUCCAUUCAGUUCAUACAGUUCUAGAAAGCAUAUGGGAUACCUUUCACAUGAAACAAUCUUUCUGGGAAAAUGUUUCCUGUCUAUCCCAGCCCACAUCUAUGGAAGCUUUUCUCUCAGCCAAGGCCCUGCUCUGUGCUGCAGCCAUUUCUCCCUGGGCUCACUGCACUGGGACAGCCCCUCUUUGAGGAGACUGACUCCCAGCAGAACAGACAAGAUGUUAAAUUACCUUUAUUAAGACCAGGUCCUUGGUUGUGAGGGCCCAGACGACCUUGUCCUCCUUGCUGCCCCAGGCCUGGUAUCAGUGGAGGAGGACCUGGGUUCUGUCCAUCCUGUGAGCAGGGAAGAACAAAAACCACGUGAAUUCCAUGUGUGAGUAAUUCAAAAUUUCUGUAGGAGUGCAAAAUGCAAAACAAUUUUCUUUCCAUAAGGUCUGCAUCUACACAGGUUGUACAACAGAAACAGCUCAUAUUCCAGUGGUUUCAGCUUCAGUUUGCAGACAUUCACAUCAGUAAUGCUUCAUCACUGAGAAACACAGCAUUCAUAGGAAACAGCUUUGCAGCUAUUCACAUUUUAUCUGUCCCAGCCAAAGAUGAUAAAGGCUCAUAUUCUUCCUCAGUAUGAAUAUUCUAUAAGAAUGUAUUGAAUUUAUUGAGUAUUUGAUACAAAUAUUCUGUUUCUCUGGAGGAACAGAGGAAUUUUCCUGAGGAAAAUAUGUAAAUUUGUUUGAAAAAUAUCAGGUACUGAUUUAUAGGCAGGUAAAAAGCUACAGAGACCAAAGACUUCAUUUGGAAAUGAACAAAAAAGAGAAACUACAUAUACAAAAAUAAGUAUCAAGAAUGUUGGUAUGAGGGGACAACAACAGGGCCAUAAGGGAACCUCUUCUCUAAACCUCAGUAAGUUUUUAACAAGGAAAUACAUGAGUUUAAUUUUUAACAUGAUGGCAAAGUUCAUUUUUCUUCAUUUUAGGACUAAAAAAAAGCAGAGGCAGUAGAGUGGGCAGUUUUGUGUGCUUUAUGUGAUCCCAAAGAAAAAAAUAAAGUAUAUAAGUGGGUUUUGGUA